AUAAAUUUUGAUUCCACCAAAUGUUUGUGUCUGUAUAUAUAUGUAUGUAUAUUCUAUAAAAUAAAACCGCGUGUGCAACUUGACUGGCGCCCGACAGCCGACCACCAUUGGCUCAUUCAAUAGUCAAAAUGUCCACGCCCGGCGCACAACCCCCACUACUUCCAGAACGCACCACGCCCUCCCUCUAGGUUAGCCUGGUUGGCCCUUUGGACGAUCCCGCGUUUCUCUCUCUCUCUCUCUCUCUCUGCGCUGCUCUGCUGUGCUGCAGAGACCUCCGCUCUAACUCAUCGAUCGACCAAAAUGUUCCCAAUCUUCUACGAUCGCCAAACGACGCCUUUGAACACAUAAAACGGCGAUUAUCCCAUUCCUGUAAGCAGAGGUUGACUUUCAGGGUGUGUGAUGGACCUUUCUGUUCUUGAUGACGUUAUCAAUCGCCUUCUUGAAGUUCGCGGCCGGCCGGGGAAGCAGGUCCAGCUGUCCGAGUCCGAGAUCCGGCAACUCUGUGUAGUUUCCAGGGAGAUUUUCUUGCAACAGCCCAAUCUGUUAGAGCUCGAAGCACCCAUUAAGAUAUGCGGUGAUAUCCAUGGUCAGUAUUCUGACCUGUUAAGGCUUUUUGAGUAUGGUGGAUUACCUCCUCAAGCCAAUUACUUAUUCUUGGGGGAUUAUGUGGAUCGAGGCAAGCAAAGCCUAGAAACAAUAUGUCUUCUCCUUGCAUAUAAAAUAAAAUAUCCUGAAAAUUUUUUUCUUUUGAGAGGGAACCAUGAAUGUGCUUCUAUAAACCGCAUCUAUGGGUUUUAUGAUGAGUGUAAGAGAAGAUUCAAUGUUAGGUUGUGGAAGAUCUUCACAGAUUGUUUUAAUUGCCUACCAGUGGCAGCUCUGAUUGAUGAGAAGAUUCUGUGCAUGCAUGGUGGCCUUUCUCCAGAUCUGCAUAAUUUGGAUCAAAUUAGACAUUUGCAACGUCCGACUGAUGUACCAGAUGCUGGUUUGCUUUGUGAUCUUCUCUGGUCAGAUCCUAGUAAAGAUAUUCAGGGUUGGGGGAUGAAUGAUAGGGGAGUUUCCUAUACUUUUGGUCCUGACAACGUGACUGAGUUUCUGCAGAAGCAUGACUUGGAUCUUAUUUGUCGUGCACACCAGGUUGUGGAGGAUGGCUAUGAGUUCUUUGCUAACCGAAGACUUGUAACCAUAUUCUCAGCGCCUAACUACUGUGGGGAGUUCGAUAAUGCCGGUGCCAUGAUGAGCAUUGAUGAUACUUUAAUGUGCUCUUUUCAAAUAUUAAAGCCUGCAGAAAAAAAAUCAAAGUUCAACUUUGGGAGCAUGACCACAUCUAAACCUGGAAACCCUUCAACAGGUGUCAAUAUCUUUGGGAGCACAACCACGGCUAAACCUGGAAAUCCCCCAGCAGGAGUGAAGUCUUCUUUCCUCGGUACGAAAGUAUGACAUUUUGGUUUUGCUGGAUAGAAGAGGCAACCAUGCACAUUGCUAAGCGACCAUUGAGGGAAACUUGGGGUUCAUUUAGUUUCACUUUAAUAUGCUGGGAAUUGUAAAAAUUAGGGUUGAGGGGGCCAAAAUCAGAAUCUAAUCAAACAUUUAUAUUUUUUCCCUUGGUAAGCUCGGGUUUGAAGAAAAGGCUGUAAUCGUAUCCUUCUGCUUUGUACACUAAUAGUUGGUACAGCUGCUGCAAUGAAGUUUUAGCUUGUGCAAUUAAUUCUUUGAUCUUCAUUGCUCUGGGACCAUGGAGAAUGGCAAAAAAUCAUUCUUGGCAACCAGGAACAGCAGACCAGAGUGGGUUAAGACUUUUGUCAUGUUUGAAUUCUCUGAAUGUAACUCUUCUCUUUAUAUAUAUCUUUUUUUCCUUUUCUGCAAA